AUGAAGAGUGGAGACGAGGGUGCCGCCAAGGCAUACAGUGACCUCGGCUUCGAGGUCAACAGCAGCGGCUGGGUGCGUAGCGAGUUCAUUCGACAUUUCGAGAAGACAGGUCAUGUCUUUUGGAAGAGUUCGCCCGUUCUGCCUCAUAACGACCCUACGCUGCUGUUCGCUAACGCGGGGAUGAACCAGUUCAAGGAUAUCAUCACCGGCAAGGCUGACGCAACCACGGAAUACGGCCGUCUGCGUCGCGUUUGCAACAGCCAGAAGUGCAUCCGCGCCGGUGGCAAGCACAACGACCUCGAUGACGUUGGCCGUGACACCUACCAUCAUACCUUUUUUGAGAUGCUUGGCAACUGGAGCUUCGGCGACUACUUCAAAAAGGAGGCUAUCGACUACGCGUGGGAGUUGUUGACCAAAGUGUACAAGUUGGACACCUCGCGCAUCUACAUCACAUACUACGGGGGUGACCCGAGGCUACCGGCAUGCAAUCCCGAUGAGGAGACUCGCGACUUGUGGGCACGCUACAUGCCUGCUGAGAGGAUCUUGCCAUUUGGAAUGAAGGAAAACUUCUGGGAGAUGGCUGACACUGGCCCAUGUGGCCCUUCAUCCGAGAUCCACUACGACCACGUCGGCGGUCGUGACGCCACCCACUUGGUCAACGCGGAUGACCCGAUGGUUGUUGAGCUGUGGAACCUCGUGUUCAUGCAGUACAACAGGAAGAGCGACGGCAGCGUCGAGUUGCUUCCAAAGCCGUGCGUUGAUACCGGAAUGGGUUUGGAGCGUGUUACUGCCGUUCUCAAGGGUAGCUACAGCAACUACGACUGCGACCUUUUCACCGACAUUUUUGCCUACAUAAACAAGCUGAUGCCUCACCUGCCUCCAUAUGGCGGAUCCGACUCUAUCGUGGAUGUGGCUUACCGGGUUGUGGCCGACCACGCAAGGUGCCUCACUGUCGCCAUCGCAGAUGGUGUUGAUCCAUCCAAUGAAGGACGUGGUUACGUGCUAAGGCGCAUUUUGCGUCGUGCUGUACGUUAUGGUAAGGAACACCUGGGUGCUACUGGCCCGUUCCUGUCGAAACUGGUCGAGUGCGUGGUAGCGUCGCUUGGCGGAGCCUUCCCUGAGAUCCAGAACCAGAACGACAAGAUAACUUCUACCAUCCACGAAGAGGAGUCGCUUUUCCUGGAGACACUCGACAAGGGUUGCGAUCGUUUCCGUAAGACGGUGGCGAAGUUGCAGGCCAGCUCCGACGGUAGUGCACCUGUCUUGGUCAGCGGUGCUGAUGCGUUCCUGCUGUACAGCUCCUUCGGGUUCCCGCUGGAUCUCACCCAGCUCAUGGCACGUGAGAUGGGCGUUGAUGUUGACGUUGACGGGUUCAACGAACACUUCAAGCGCCACCAGUUGCUUUCUGAGAAGAAGCAGGUAAAGUCAGACGACCCCGUUGAGCAAGGCCUCGCGGACUUGUUGGCGUCGCUUUCCGCCGAUGUGUUGGCAACCAUCUCCAAUGCGAUAGGCGGCCACUCAACUGAUGAUUCCUUGAAGUACCAGGGAAAAGAAAGUGGCUACACUGAGGCCCUCGAGUUCGAUGUCCGGGUUCUGGCGCUGUGGACGCUCGCCGGAUUGAACCAGCCCGUAUCGAAUGGUGAGGUGUUCGCCGUGGUCUUGGACAGGACGCCUUUCUAUGCCGAAUCAGGUGGCCAGAUUUGGGAUGAGGGUCUGUUGGGUCCCAUGAGAGUUUUGAAGGUGCUGAAGAUGGGCGGCAUGGUGUUCCACUUCUGCGUAUGUGAUGCCUCUAGCGAUGAGGUAUGCCGCCCCGGCUCCACUUUGAAGGCCCGUGUCGACUAUGAACGCCGUAUCAAGGUUGCCUGCAACCACAGCGGUACUCACUUGUUGAACUUCGUUCUGCGCGAGGUCUACGACGAAAAGUCGUAUCAGCGCGGAUCGCAACUCGAUGCAGAGAAGCUGAAGUUCGACAUCGCAGCUUCGAAGCCUUUGGACGACGCGACGUUGCAGCGCAUUGAGAGCCGCCUCCAGGAGAUCAUCGAUGCCGAUUGGAAGGUCGAGGUGAAGGAGCUGCCGUUCAAGGAUGCUGCCGAAAUCCCGGGUAUCAGGGCGAACUUCACCGACGUGUACCCGGAAACUGUACGUGUCGUGAGCAUGGCCAAAGAUGGUGAGACUGCGGAUGGUAAUGUAAAUUCCAUCGAGAUUUGUGGUGGCACCCAUGUGCCAUCCACCGGCGUGCUGAAGAGUGUGAUUGUGGUUGGUGAGGAAGGUAUAUCUAAGGGUGUUCGUCGCCUAACUUUGGCCACGCACGAUCAAAGUGAAUCUUCGAAAGCGAUCCUUGCGUCAUACAAACAAAAGUUGGCCGAUUUAGAGUCGACACUGUACAAAUUCACCGACGGCAUGGACACCGCCCUGAUGGCACAGCAGGCCAAUGAGAAUAUGAAGCAACUCACGGCGCUUCGUUUCGAAAUGCAGAGCGAGAAGCUACUGCCUCUUUUGGGUAAACGUGAGCUCAAGGCCACAUUCGACGCGAUGAUCAAUGCACAGAUCGACGCCGGCAAAGUCCACCAGAAAAAACUUGGCGUGGUUGCCAAGAACUUAUCUACCGAGUAUCUAGCUCGUUUCAAAGCUGGAGUCUUCGGUAAUGCCAAGAGCACGAGGUCGGGAAUGGAGUUGAUCCACAUGGCCGUCGAUGUGCUUGAGGGAGACGUGAAAGCGCUCAACGUGUUCACUCAAACACUGGCGAAGGCAUUCCCCAAGUUCGCCUUCCUCAUCACGUCCUCCCACGGCAGCCGCAAGUGCGUAUCAUGCCGCUGCGUGGUCCCUGGAGGGGCUGACCUGGACGCCUUGGUCCUGGCCAAUGAGGCUGCGGAGUCAUUCGGCCUGCAAGAGGAUAUUGCCCGUGGUUCCAAGACGAAUGCAAGCUGGAACGUGGAGUCGGAGUAA